UAUGAAUGACUUCCCACAGUUUGGCACACCAAGUGAAUGUUGAACAAGGGAGAUACACCAGCAAAAUGUCGUGUCCUCAUCGCAGCGCUGUAGUGGUGAUUUUGUGUCUAUUUUCGCUGUUCCCUGGUUCAAUUCGAAGUUCCCCCGGAUACGUCUUCGAACACAACAACUACUUUUACAAGUUUGUAUUUCCUGAGGAUGACACUCGAACUUGGUACGAAGCGGAAACGCUUUGUAAGACGCGUGAAAACGGCCAUUUGACAAGCCUUGUAUCUAACAGAGAGAUCGAAUGGGUAAAUGGUGUGAUAAAAAACGCCGUACGAGAUUCGCAGACCAAAGUCAGGCUUUGGAUCGGAGGGAACGACCAGAGAAUUAAUGAUGUAUGGGAUUUCCUCGACGGGGAACCUCUACGGUAUAAUGUUGUUCCCUGGGCGCCCGGACAGCCAUGGAGACCCCUGGAUGUACAUUACGCCUACUGUGUCUCUCUUGAGUUUGAAGGUGAAAGCUCAAGAUGGUACGUUGAGGACUGCUUUAAGGCGCACGGUUAUAUCUGCAAGUCAAAGCAGCCGUCUUCAAGAAUCACGGAGAAAAAGAGAUUCGGAUACAGUUGGGAAUGGGGAAAUCACAUUUACAAAUUCUUCCCUCUACCGUGGACCGGUCUGAGUUGGACAGAGGCGGAGGAGUACUGCUCGGUAAUGGAGAAAGGCCAUCUGCUAAGUAUCCGAUCUCGGAAAGAAAGCCGAUGGGUCACCGACAGAAUCCGACAAAUUCGUCAGGUAAUCGGCUUCCGAAAGUUAUGGAUUGGAGCAUCGGAUUUUGGACAUGAAGGAGAGUACGAAUGGUCCGCUAAAAAACUACCUGUUACUUUCCAACGAUGGGCUCAUGGCGAGCCUUCUCAUUUCUCUAAACAUCACAGAGAGGACUGUAUAGCUAUUCGUUCUCAUCCUGAUUGGGGAAAAUGGAGUGACGAGAGCUGUGUGAUGGAACAUCCCUUCAUAUGCAAAACAAGACUGUGUCUUGGUAAAACAGACUUGGCAUUUAUGGUCGAUUCCUCGACAUCCGUCGGCGAAAGUAACUUCCAGGAAGCUAAAGACUUUGUGUGGUCCGUAGUCAGAAACUUUCCAAUCUCAAACAACGACACACGUGUUGCUGUCAUCCGCUACUCCUCACAAGCGGAUGUGAUUUUUGAUUUUCAAUUCAGUGCCAAAAACAAUGUACCCUUUCUCAAAGAAACGCUUGACAAUAUGGAAUACGUUGGCGGAGAAACGAAAACUGAGUUAGCAUUGGAUCUCGCGCGCACGGGCCUAUUCACAGAAAAGAGAGGAUCGAGAACAAAAGUACCGAAAAUUCUCGUGGUGAUGAGUAAUGGAAAAUCGGACGACGCCUUAGCUGUUGCGCGUACAUCCAUGGCCUUGAAAAGACAGGAAGUGACCGUGGUGGUGGUGGCAAUUGGUGACGAGGUGGACUUGGAGGAGCUGCUGUUAAUGGCAUCGACCCCUGAAGACGUCAUAAGUGUUAGCACAUUUAGUACGCUGAAGAAACGGGUGGGAAAAAUCAGGGAUAAAGUCUGUGACGAAAUGGUUGAGAGUCAAAAUAGGAGAGAGCUUGAGGAGGAAGAGGAAAACAGCGUUAAAUAACCUGUGCGUUGUCGAAAUGACUUUUCAAUAUCAAUAUGGCGGCUGUAGUAGCAGUAAAUUGUAAAUUCAAUAGACUUUUUAUUUGAAAAUUAGACGCACAGUUUCAUAUUAUCAUCGUAGAUUUUUGUUUUUUAAUUUAUUUAUUGACGCUGCAUUGAAGAACUUUUGCAAAUUACUAGAGCUGGCACAACGGACGUGAAUAUAAGAUGGAGACUGGGCCUGCACGCUCCAAGCAGCACAGGCAUAUUUUUUUAAUGUCCGCAUCACCAAAAAAAAAAAAGAAAAGAAAAAAAGCUGAUCAAAAGAAAAAAUAACUCCAUUCGGAAUGUGUCGAGAAAGUGAUAGUUCAUUAUCGUAUGUCCAUUGAAAAAAAAAGAGAAGCUUGUGAUUGAUAUUGUAAUAGAGGUUGCGAUAUUUUUUCGUUUUAAAAGUUCGCACGUUUCGAAUGCAUCAGUUGUUAUUUUGGCUAGAUUUUGUGCGCAGUUAGUCCGUAAAAUCUAAGUUGGAAAUAAAAGUUACUAUGUUCCCAAAACAA